UCCUGUCCCGCCACCCGCACACGCUCAGAAACCUGUCUCCCGCUUGACCCAUUUUAUCUCUUUAUUAUUGAGUAUUAUUAAUUAAUUCGAACAAAUCUUAUUGUUUUCUCUCGAACUUGUCUUUCAGCCAAGGUCGUGUCAAUCAAAGGUUUGGAAGCCUGUCUUUUACCUUUUUCUUUCUGGGAUUUUUUCGGCUCUGAUUUUGAGAUUUUGUUGACUGAGAUGAGCACGGGCUCAGAGCCUGAUGUAACAGUGGAGGAGGUGACUGGAAAUCGGAGCUUUCCUGCUGGGAAGAAUAAGGGGAAAGUCCCGAGAAGAAUUCAUAAAGCUGAGAGGGAGAAGCUGAAGCGUGAGCAAUUGAAUGAGCUCUUUCUUGACUUGGCCUCUGCUCUUGAGUUGAGUGAGCCAAAUACUGGAAAGGCUUCUAUACUGUGUGAAACGACUCGGCUAUUAAAGGACUUGCUUACACAGAUUGAGUCCCUCAAAAAGGAUAAUGUAGCUCUCUUAUCUGAAUCUCGCUAUGUAACUGUUGAGAAAAAUGAGCUGAGGGAGGAGAAUUCUGUCCUAGAAAAUCAAAUUGGGAAACUGCAGGGUGAACUGGAAUCGAGAGUGGCUGCACAAUCAACACCUGUCCUAAACAUGCCGCCUCCAGAAUUUCAGCAACCGCCACAUUUUCCAGGAGACUCGUUCAGAUUGCCUGCUGUGGAUGCUGCUGCUGCUGCAUUGCAGCAGACGCCAGCUGUCUUUGUGGUUCCUAUCCGUCCUGAUCAUGUGCAAGGUCUUCCAAUGGCCACCUCGAAUGUGAGGAAACCGCAUGCUAGAUAUCCAACCGCUGCUGAUUCUUGGCCGUCUCAACUUCUUGGAGAGCAGCAAAUUGCUAGGAAGGAAGUUCAGUUUAGUGGCAAGGAUAGCGCUAUCUGUAAUCCUGGGGAACGAUGCCAUCCUUAACCUUAAAAAAACAUGCUAAAGUGUAGUAAUUUAUAGUAGCGUCAUUGCCAUUGUGCUUUUGGAGUUGCAGAUGAUCUGAUGUGUUUGUUUAGCUUCUGCUAUUCUGUUUUUUUUCCUUUUCACUUGGUAGUAUUUGAUCACUUUGCAUCAGUUCUCUGCAUACUAAAAUGUCAAUACACUUGUUGAUAUUGGCGUGUUGCUUUAGAAAGAUGACAUUGUAUAGCCUUUGCACACGAUGUUCAGAGUUAUUGAGCUUAGAUGAAUUGCAUACA